UAUCAAAUAAAAAUAUUGUGAUAAGAAUGUGCUGAUAUCAACUUACUUAACCUGAGAAUCAUAAAUUUGGUGAAAGUGUCAAGUUAUGCAACAUAAAACAAUACACUUUUGACAAGCAAACCACUGAUGAGUAAGUUAAUCUGAGAAUUAACCUAUCAUUUUAAAACACUGAAUAAAGCAGAUCAGAGUUCAAAUGACUGUCUCAUUCUUACGUCUCGUCCUGCUAGAAGUGAAGGAGAUUUCAGAGCUGCUGUUCAACACAACAGUUUCAGAGGAAAGAAAGAUCUACAAAUAUUAUUUGAGGAUCCUAAUAUAAAGAAAAAUGUGGAGUGACCUCUUCUUCCCUAAUAAUCCUAAGAGAAGGGAGCAGCUCAUCCGCAAAAGUCAAGAGUUUCAACAUGUGAUGAAGAGCAACUUCGAAGCCACCAAUGAACUAAUUGAUGUUAUGAACGAUCACUUGAGCUGCUCCUUAGAACAUAUCAAGCUAAACGAGGAUGCUUCUCUCCAGGAGAACUGUAAUAUGAUGAUUGAAUGCAUGCAUAAGAUCCAGGCAGUGGUAGAGAAGAUUGACAAGGAGCUGAAGGAGAAGCUGGAACCCACCCUGUAUGAGAAACUGCAAAACAAGUCUCUGUCUACUACAGACUUUCAACUGAUUUCAAAAGCUUUGAAAGUAGUUUGUCGUUUUGCAACUGAGGGAUCUACUACUUUAGUUAGUCUUUUAAUUAAUAAAGGAGUAAUUCUAGCAAAAAUAACAAGUACAUUUGCUAAAAUUGGAGCAUUAACAUUAGCCAGUGUUGGGUUGGGAGUGGUGUUCAUGGGGGUCGACAUGAUUGUUGAGGCCAUUCUUGGGAGCAUUGAGCGUGAUCAACUUGAGAAGGUCCUGGAAGAGUAUGACAAAGCUUUGAAAGAAUUCAAACCAGCGUCUUUAGAAUAUCAGGAUAGCAUUACCUAUGUCCAAUUCAAAAUUAAGGAAAUUAAUAAAUAAGAAAUGUAAGUUUCUUUUUCCUGCCUGGAUUUAAAAAAACUAAUAAUUGUUAUUGUUAAACAUGCAGAAAUUCAGAAAGUUCAAAGUGACAUUUUGAAAAAAAUAUGUAAAAAAAGAAAGAAUCUAGUGAGAAAUGAAUCACAGUUCUCCUGCUAUUAAAGGGUCAUAAAACGUCUCAGGUUACGUAUGUAACCAUGGAUCCCUGAGAAUAGGGAACGAGACACUGUGUUGAAGUGCAUAUGGGGAAUGCCUCCACGUGAACUGGUGUCUAAAAACAAUAUCAACUCAC